AUAUGUUGAUGUCAGAGGAAAAUUUCUCCAGCCAAAACGAAAAAGUUCUUCGCAAUAUUCUUAUGUCGUGUCGGAAAAAUCGGUGAAAAAUGAUUUAAUUUGUGCAUAUAGUUUAGUGCUCUAUAUGUGAACUCGUUCACUGAAGUGAACAUCGUUCGAAUCGACUGAAUUUUAUUGUAUUUCUUAGGAAAUUUCGAUAAUAUUCAACCCUAUAGUUGGGGCACUGAUUUCUGGAAGCUUUCUUGGCCCCUCGGUGAAGGAACCUUUUCAUCGCUGUGCGGAAGAUCGUGGUAGUGCUGGUGACUAGUCCAGCUAGAUAAACUAACGGGAAUAUACAGCUGGAGAAGAAUCUAAUGACUGAUGUAAAACAGUUUGGUUAACUGCGCCUUUCUAGAAGUUUUGAUUUGUUUACAUAUCGCGAUACAAAUUAAUUUACUCGGCCACUCGAAGGGAUUCCGAAAAACAGCAACAAAGAAUACAAGAAAAUGAAUUUACAAAGGCGCCGUUGUUCGUCGCUUGCCGGUUUUCUGCUAGCAGUUGUCGUCCUUUGCAGUCCAGCGGAUGGAUUUUAUCUGCCUGGGUUGGCGCCCGUAAAUUACUGCCGGCAGUCGGAGAUGCAGAAAUCGUGCAAGUCCGAGGUGGUAUUAUAUGUCAACCGUCUAAAUACCGAAGAAUCAGUCAUCCCUUACGAGUAUCAUCACUUUGAUUUCUGCCCGAUCGAUGAAGCAAAUUCGCCGGUGGAAAAUCUCGGACAGGUAGUGUUCGGUGAACGUAUCCGUCCUGGCCCAUAUAAGAUCGAAUUCCUAAAAGAAGCGGCGUGCGAGAAGGCCUGCACCCGACAGUACGUUGGCGGCGAUCCAGAAAGUGAUCGUCGGCUGAUGAUCCUAAAGAAGGGGAUGAGUUUGAACUAUCAGCACCAUUGGAUAGUAGACAAUAUGCCCGUCACGUGGUGUUAUCCAUUGGACAACGAUCGCCAGUACUGCAGCACGGGCUUCCCCAUGGGCUGUUUGGUAAGAAGGCACCCGGAUGGAGAUGAUGGCUGCAUGGUUAAUCCAAGCUACAAUCGAGCUGGAUAUUACUAUCCAUUUAAUCACGUUGAUCUGACAAUCACUUAUCAUAGUGGUGCUACAGAGGAAUGGGGCGUGGCAUUCAAACAAAACGGUGGCCGAAUCAUCUCAGUCAAGGUUGUACCGUCAUCCAUUAAUCAUAAAAAUCCCGAACAACCAGACUGCACUAGCAAGGAACCGAUUGAGAUUCCAUCAACUGCUUUGCCGAAUGCACAAAAAAUGAACAUCACCUACACCUACUCCGUUCACUUCGUCCAAAACAACACCAUCAAAUGGUCCUCCCGGUGGGAUUACAUUUUGGAAUCGAUGCCCCACACAAACAUCCAAUGGUUCAGUAUCCUGAACUCGCUCGUGAUUGUGUUGUUCUUAUCCGGUAUGGUGGCCAUGAUCAUGCUUCGAACUCUGCACAAAGAUAUUGCGCGCUACAACCAGAUGGACUCGGGAGAGGAUGCCCAAGAGGAAUUCGGAUGGAAAUUGGUUCACGGUGAUGUAUUCCGGCCACCACGCAAGGGUAUGCUCCUGUCGGUGUUGCUCGGUUCCGGAGUGCAGGUGUUCUGUAUGUCGCUGGUAACGUUGGCCUUCGCCUGCCUGGGUUUCCUAUCGCCAGCCAAUCGCGGAGCACUGAUGACCUGCGCUAUGGUGCUAUUCGUGCUGCUUGGUACUCCCGCUGGAUACGUUUCGGCUCGCAUCUACAAAAGCUUCGGUGGUAUAAAGUGGAAAAGCAAUGUGCUGCUGACCUCAAUGCUAAGUCCUGGGGUUGUCUUCGGGCUCUUCUUCGUAAUGAACCUAAUCCUAUGGAGUAAGGGAAGCUCAGGAGCAGUACCAUUCUCAACUUUGAUUGCGCUGCUGGCCUUGUGGUUUGGAGUGUCUGUGCCGCUUACUUUCGUUGGUGCUUACUUCGGAUUCCGUAAGAGGUCGCUGGAGCAUCCAGUACGUACCAACCAGAUCCCGCGUCAGAUCCCGGACCAAUCGAUCUACACCCAACCGAUCCCCGGCAUCAUAAUGGGCGGCGUAUUGCCAUUCGGUUGCAUCUUCAUUCAACUGUUCUUCAUCCUGAACUCGCUCUGGUCCAGCCAGAUGUACUACAUGUUCGGUUUCCUGUUUCUGGUGUUUUUGAUUCUGGUCAUUACCUGCUCGGAGACGACCAUCCUGCUGUGCUACUUCCACCUGUGUGCUGAGGACUACCACUGGUGGUGGCGAUCGUUCCUGACGUCGGGCUUCACUGCGGUGUAUCUCUUCAUCUACUGCUGUCACUACUUUGCGACUAAAUUGCAGAUCGAGGAUGCCGCCUCGACUUUCCUGUACUUUGGCUACACACUGAUCAUGGUAUUUUUGUUCUUCUUGUUAACUGGUUCGAUAGGUUUCUUCGCUUGCUUCUGGUUCAUUCGCAAGAUCUACAGUGUCGUGAAGGUGGAUUAAAAUAUUGUAAACACGUUUGGUAGAACCAGUAGUGAGUGCAGUCAAUCUGAAAAUCCUUUUCCAAAUUCCUCCCUUCUAUGAUAUACUUUAUUCUCUAUUUUUGAGAUAAUUUAAAUCAUGCGUAUAGACGAUAAGAUUAUUAUUUAAUACUGAUGCAAAUAACUAGCGACGAAAAGUUUUGUAAACGAAUAAAACAAAGCACUUAAAGGAAUGAUUUUAAGAAAGAUAGAUUGACAAAGUGAAAAAAGAACAAUAUCGAUGGAAUGAAAAGUUCGUUAGUUUUCCUACUAAUGUGAAGAAAUCGAUAUUACUGACCAUUAUAAAACAUCUAUAAAAAUCACUAACAAGCAAUUAGCAAAAAAGUGGUUUAUACCUAGUAAUGGAUUGCGCAAAUCAAUAAAAACACAAAGAUUGAUCGGAAGAGAACAAGUGUGUGAUUAGUUCUAGUAGUAUAAUAUCAAAAAAUAAAUGCCUUCUUUUUUGUUUAAUUAUUUAACUUUACUAAGUACAGGAAGGAUAAACGCUAAUAAAAAUGUAGUGGCCGUGAAAUAAUAUCUGUUAGGAAUGUAUUAUAUUUGUAAUUGGAUGAAUUCACUGAAGAAAGUAUUACACAAUGGGCAAAACUGUAAUUCGGUUCAAUCCGAAAUAAAUGCUCAUCUUUUGUGUGAAUUAAACAAAUUGUACAGUUGAGGCAUGUUUCAUGCUUGUUCCUGGAAAAAUUUAAAUCUUUACUUAAAGUGUAUAAACUGAAACCAAAAUUACCAACAUUGUUUUCACAAAAUUUGAAGAGAUUUGAGAUAAAAGAAAAAAAAAUAUCACCGUAUCGAACGAACUAAUCUUCUGGAAGUCAAUAAACUUCUUCAGUAUGUUUAUAAAAUCAGCUGCAAAGUCGGCACAAUACCAAGGGAGAUAAGAAAUAUUGGAACCCAUGUGCCCAUCCAUAUUUGACUUUCCUUUCAAUGAUUUAGUAAUCCUAGGCAACAUCAACAAAAAAAAAUGAUGUCAUGCUUGAUUAUAACGCUAGAGAGCGUUACAAACAUAAUUUCACAAAAACAAAAGAAUAAAUUGAUGAAUUUACGGUAACUUAAAAAUAGAA